AUGGGACGAUCACCUUGCUGUGAGAAGGUGGGUUUAAAGAAAGGACCAUGGACUCCUGAGGAAGAUCAGAAGCUCUUGGCUUAUAUUGAAGAACAUGGUCAUGGAAGCUGGCGUGCUUUGCCAGCAAAAGCUGGACUUCAGAGGUGUGGUAAGAGCUGCAGAUUGAGAUGGACUAAUUAUCUAAGGCCUGAUAUUAAGAGAGGAAAGUUCAGUUUGCAAGAAGAACAAACCAUCAUUCAACUCCAUGCACUCUUAGGGAACAGGUGGUCAGCAAUAGCCACACAUUUGCCAAAGAGAACAGAUAAUGAGAUCAAGAACUAUUGGAAUACACAUCUUAAGAAAAGGUUAACCAAAAUGGGAAUUGACCCUGUGACACACAAGCCCAAAAAUGAUGCCCUUCUCUCUAGUGUAGGCCAUUCCAAAAGUGCUGCAAACCUUAGCCACAUGGCUCAGUGGGAGAGUGCUAGGCUCGAAGCAGAAGCAAGAUUGGUUAGGGAAUCAAAACUACGUUCACAUUCAUUGCAGAAUCAGCUUGGAAGUUCUGUCUUUCCACCAUCAUCUUCAUCUCCAGCACUUAACAAACAAGAUGCAAUGAAGGCUUGGAACAAUGGUGGAUGGUUAAAAUCUAAUGAGGGAAAUGGUGACCUUGAGUCUCCUACGUCUACACUAUCAACAUUCUCUGAGAACAAUGCGCCACCAAUUAUGAGUACUAGUAGUGGAAAUAUUGGAGAAAACACAGAGCUUAUGAUUGAGUUUGUGGGCACAUCAGGUUCUUCAGAGAGAGGGAUUGUGAAAGAAGAAGGUGAACAAGAGUGGAAAGGUUAUGAAAGCUCGACCCAUUUGCCAGAAUACAAAGAUGGUAUGGAAAAUUCACUGCCUUUUGAAUCUACCUUGCAUGAGUUGACAAUGAGCAUGGAAAGCACGUGGGGUUCUGAGUCUCUUAUUAGGACCAGUACUAGUGCACAUGUCCCUGUUGGAGAUCCAAUUGCUGAGGAGGGGUUCACUAAUCUUUUGCUGAAUACUAACUCCGAUGACCGGAGUUUUUCACCGGAGGAGGAGGGUGGUGGAGAGUCUAAUACUUGUGAUGGUAGUGGUAGUGGUACCAGUGGCAGUGACUUUUGUGAAGAUAACAAGAACUACUGGAACAGCAUUCUUAAUUUAGUGAAUUCUUCACCUUCUGAUUCACCCAUGUUCUGA